AUUGUUAAGUCGCAAAGAAAACUACGUUUUCUGAUUGAGUUUUCCAGCGAUAUUGAGUUAUUUCUUUUUAUGUGGUAUAUCUUAGUCUAAUAGUACUAGAUUUGCAGUCUAUGCUUAUUAAAUCCGUAAUAGAAUUCCAUUUUGGCAUGCAUGUUUGACAUACGAUUAACUGUCAAAUCUUGAGAACUGCGUGGUGACUUAUAAAAAUAAUAUAAUAUGGAAGCAGUACCAAGAUUGCCGAUGAUUUCUUUCUAUUUAAAAGUAAGCCCGGAACCAACUACAUUCGGACCGAAGUUAAAACAGUAUAUACGAGAUUUUUAUAAUGAAGAUCCUGAAUCAUAUACAAAUGAAAUACAUCAAUUAGAAAGCUUACGAACUAUGGCAGUUAGGCCUCCUCUCGAUAUGGCAGGCUGUUUGUUACUAAAAAAAUAUUAUUGUCAGUUGCACUUUUUACAAAGUAGAUUUCCAAUGGGAAAAGAUGGUGGUGCUGCUGUAACAUUUACAUGGAGAGAUACAUAUGCAAAUAUGGUAUGCUCAUUGGCUAGUAUACGUUUUGAAAUAAUAUCAGUUUUAUAUAAUAUUGGCGCUAUGCACACGCAAUUGGGUGCACGUACUGAACGAACCACUGCCGAUGGAAUGAAAAUGGCAUGCGCACAUUUCCAAUGUGCAGCAUGGGCUUUCGAGCAUUUAAAAAACAGUUUUCCACAACCAUCCGGCGUUGAUUUGGCACCAGAGCUUAUGACAUUUAUGUAUCAACUUUGCUUAGCUCAAGCGCAGGAGUGUAUAUUAGAAAAAAGUAUGCUUGAUAAUCGUAAACCAACUAUUGUAGCCAAAGUCGCUAGACAAAUUGUAGAUUAUUAUACAUCAACAUUGAGUACUUUAGAACAAGGAGGUAACGAAGAUGGUACCAUUUCAGAAACAGUUGGGACUAAAAUUUAUAAGAGUUGGAAACGAUACGUCAAAUUUAAAAGAGCAUAUCAUUUAGCAGUUACACAUCUAUAUCAAGGUCUUGCUGCAGAAGAACAGAGGAAAAUGGGAGAAAGGGUUGCUUUUUACAAUGCCGCACUAGCUUCUCUUAAUGAAGCACAUUUGAUUUAUAGUUUUGCUAAGGGAUCUGUAGAUGUAACAGGUUCUCCUGACGAGAAAGCCGUAGUCGAGGAAGCGCUUACAUUCACAAACGAUGUUAUUGAAGGUAAAAGGAAAGCUGCGAAAAAUGAAAAUGAAUUCAUUUACCACGAAGAAAUACCAGAAAAAGAGUCACUUACUGUAAUCAAGGGAGCCUCUCUGGUUAAAGGAAUAUCUUUUAGUAUAAAUGAUCCAGAAGUUUCAGGACCAGAUAUAUUUGCCAGAUUAGUACCGAUGAAAGUACACGAAGCAAGUUCUCUUUACUCGGAAGAAAAAGCUAAGAUAUUACGUAAUGUCGGAUCAAAGAUUGAAGACAAAGAUCUUCAAUUGAAUACUUUUCUCUCCUCGUUUAAAUUAGACCACUUAGAUUUAUGGGAUCCUGAUGUUCAAGCUUCUGAAUGGGAACUAUUACCACUUCCCGAAGAGUUAAUUGAAAGAUGUGCUGCACUUAACGCAAAGAAAGAAAUUAUUCAAGAUUUACUUGAUAUUAUGGGAAAAUUAACUGAUACCAGUCAGGAUGUUGAGACCGUAUUAAAGGAAAUAAAAAAGUUACUAUUUGAAGAAGAAUUAAAGGAGAAGCAAUAUCAAGAUGCUGUUGGCAAAAGGCCACCAACUAUUGUAGCAACUGACUUAACAAGAGAAUGCAAAAAAUAUGAAGAAGCUCAUAACAAAGCAUUAGAAAGUAAUCAAGCACUUCAUAAAGCAAUAACAAUGCAUGUCAAAAAUCUCAGAAUGCUUGCCCAACCAUUACCAGAUUUAAUUGCUAAUGUACCUUCAUUAAGUACGCAUUUAUCAGAUCAAAGUAGCGAUACAACUCAGAGUAUAAAAAUCGCAGAUAAAUUGCACGUUCAGGAAUUGAAACGUAUUUUAAAUAAAGUAGACGAAAUGCGAAGACAAAGAAGUGAUCUACAUUCUAAAUUGAGAGAUUCGAUUGCGCAGGAUGAUUUAACGCGUUUAUUAGUUACAGCUACUUCUGAAUCAGGUUCUCUCGAUCGUCUUUUUUCAGAACAACUUAGUAAACAUCAAUCAUUAGUAAGUCUUAUAGAACAAAAUCUUUCUGCACAAGAGAAUAUUAUGGCAGCUUUAACAGAAGCGUACGCUCAAACUGGAGAUAUAAGAAAAAUAGUGGAGGAUGUAUUGAAGCGGAGAGAAUUUAUGAUUUCUUCACUAAUUGCAUCGUACGAUGCUUAUGAAGAUUUGUUAAUAAAAGCUAACAAAGGUCUCGAAUUUUAUAGAAAAUUAGAAAUAAAUGUAUCUAAAUUGCUGCAAAGAGUUAAAAGUACGUGCAAAGUUCAAGAGGAAGAACGAGAACAAAUACUUGCACAAGACAAUAAGAAUGUAUAUAAUAAGACUGAAACUUCAACAUUGACAAAUUAUGAGCAUGGUCAAACACGAAAUACUAGUGGUUUAAAACUUAAAGAUUAUCUGAACAAUAGAAUGGAUAGUAUUUCUACUCUUUCAAAUCAGUAUUACAAUCCUCAUAAAGGAAUUGCAGGCCCAUCACAAAUGGAUAUACUUCCUACAACAAAGUCGUAUUUAAAUAAUACAGUUGAUACUCACAGUCAACCUAUAAGUACAGUGCCUGUGCAAGAAAUGCAAGCAUCUAAUAUGAAAUUAACGCAGCAGUAUCAUCCUUCUAUGUAUGUAGAUCCAAGAACAGCUUCUCAUUAUGCAUAUAAAUCUCGCACUUCUACCGAAAAUCAGGACAUGAACACAACUAUAAAUCAGAGUUAUGUAGCUUCUAAGAAAGAUGAAACAGCAAAAAUGUAUCAUCAAAUAAGUACGACCACAGAUGUGACAAGUAACCUACCAUAUUCUACAACUUAUCUACCAAACGAACAAGGAUAUUGUACACAACUUCCAGAUGUACAAAAUAAGUUUCCUUCUACUUCUAUGCAACAUUAUAGUCAGAAUAAUACAAUGCAUUACAAUACUUAUCCAAUUUCUGUAGAGCAUGGUGAAGCUAUAACAUCACAGGAUCCCAAUUUAAUUAACCGUUAUGGGCCUAAUCAGGAUAAAGCUAAUAUGAUGGUUCCAUCAGAAGGUACUAUAGUGUCACAAAUGCAAUCAGUGUCACUUACAGGACAUCCUGUAUCUAGUACAGCAAUUAGUAGUACAAGGACACUUAAUCAGUCACCAAUGUCUCAAAACAUUGUACAUCCUGAACAACAAUAUGUACCAAAGGAUGAAACUAAAUCUGUUACUAGUUCAGAACCAAGUCAUACUAUGUACAGACAGAAUCAGAAUAUAAUAUCUGCCCAAAGUAAUACAGCUAUACAAAAUUACGCGUAUUCACAUGUUAAUCAAAAUAACAUGUCAUAUGUUCAGAAUUAUUCUACCGUUGGAUAUAAUCAACAAACCCCCAGUCAUAAUACAACUGAUUAUGUGGCAUCUAUGCCAUAUGUACAAGUACAGCAAUCAAAUACUGCUGUACCAUCUACACAGCCUCCUACAUCGGUAACACCAGCAUCAAAUAUAAAUGAAGUUUCUGUUUCGUAUUCAUCAGAUUUACAAAAUCCUGCUGCAGUUCAAUACAAUCAGCAAAAUUAUACGAAUCAGCAAAUGCCACUUAAUUAUUCAAAUAAUUAUCAGAAUUUAUAUCAUGUUACUACUGGAUUAUCAUAUCCACAAAAUCAGACAGUAUCUACGAUGUCAAACAAUUAUCCUUAUAUGAAUUACACUUCUUCUUCGGAAUUAAUUCAAAGUCAUACAAAAGCAACAACCGUACAGAGUUAUUCACAACCAUAUGAUUAUUCGCAUCAAGUACAUUAUACAGAUUAUUCGCAGAAUCCAAAUUAUGCACAACACUAUAAUCAGGGUUAUUCUUACAUGCAUGCUAGCCAUGCCGUUAAUGCAGCUUCUAUAUCGUAUCAAACGGAAUCACUUAAAAAUGUUUAUCAAGCUCAAGAAAGUAACGCCCGGUACACCAAUGCAAGUAAUAACACUAUGACUCAGACUCCUUCCUCUCAAUAUUCAAAUCAGGAUUAUCCAUCAGAACUUCCGAAUGACAUAUAUUACACAACUCCUUAUGGUUUACAAAUGCAAGGUCAAGGAGGAACUUCAACCAGAGUAGAAAACAAUUACAAUCAGACAUACAUGCAAGCAGUUAAUAAUGGAACAAGCACAACUACAAGUUCAAAUCCCGUCAAACCUACAACCAAAUCGGAGGAACAAAAAUCUAAUGUAGAUCUAUUAUCCGAUCUUGAUAUUACAAUAAAUCAUGCACCGCUCGUACCUGAGGUACGACCUCUUAAUAAAGCGCAAGAUGAAAACGAUGACGUUACUUCUAUUAAAAGUACAGAUAAAAAAGAAGAAAAGGAGGAUGAACCAAAACAAGAAGUCACACAUAUUCCUGAAAAAACGUCCACUUAUAUGGAAAAUAAAGAAGAUUACGAAAGUCUACAGAUUGUUUGGGAUACGUGGUACACCGAUGUGCAACCAAAGAAAGAUCCGUUAGGAAAUCCUGAAACAAUGCAAAAAUUUAUUAAUGAAGUAGAGAAAUACGAGAAAUUUGUAGAUAGUUUACUAGUAAAGACUCUUAGCGGAGCAACAAAUCUUGAUAUCAAGUGGAAAGAAGUUCAAGACUUUGAAGAACGUGAAAGUGCAAAACAGUCGUGCACAAUUGCAUUGGCUAAUUCCUUAGAUAAUCGUGUUACUGAUUGUAUUCCUUAUGAUAUCACACGAGUACAAAUAUCAUCUCCAGAUGUAUCGUCAUCAUACAUAAAUGCAUCACAUGUAGUAGAAAUAACACAAUGGACACCAACAGCAUUUAUUAUUACUCAAGCACCAUUGCCUGAUAAAAUCCAUGUAUUUUGGACAAUGAUUUGGGAACAAGAAUGUGAAGUAAUAGCAUGUUUAGCGUCAGAUGCCCAGUUGAAACAGGAAUUAUAUUGGUCUGUCGACACAGAUAAUGAUUUUACUAUUGGUAAUUUCGUAAUUAAGACGCAAAAAACGGUGACUCAUACUUUUUAUAUUCAAAGAGUUUUAUCUUUGUGCAAUACCAAAACAAAAUCUGAAAAAAUAGUAGUACACAUGCAGUUUCUUGUAUGGCCUUCCAAUGGUUUUCCUAGUAGUCCUGGUGCUUUGCUAACAUUUGCAACUGAUGUGAUGACAGAGCAAGCACUAAGACGUUGUUCUCCAAAGCCAAUUGUGGUACACUGUAUCAGUGGUGGGUCAUUAAGUGGCUUGUUCUUAGUAGCAGCUUCGACCGUAUGCCAUAUACGUGCUGGUCGUGGAAUAGCUGACGUACCACUUGUAUUUAAAGGUCUUGUCAAAUGUCGCAAGCAAGUAGUGAACAAGGAAUCAUUGCUGUUCGCGUAUCGAAUGGUACUUUAUCAUGCACAGGAUAUAUUAAUGAAACAGCAUGGAUAUAUGACAGGAGGAAUUUUAUCUUCUACGCGAUCUACAUUCGAAGGAUUUGAAAGUCUUAAAUUAAAUAAAGAAAAAUCCAUUAGAAAAACCCAUCCUUCAGAUGAUUUUUUACAUAAUCUUAGUGUUGGUGGACAUUCCGAAACCAAACAAAGAGCUGAUGCACAAGUAGCAUCAACGCAUAGCAACACUAUUCAAUCAAUUGCAACAGAUAAAACGAACGAAGCAUUUAUAGAUCCUUUAAGCCAAUUGGAUCCAUUGUGGUCUAUUAGAAGAUAACGUAUGAAAUUUUAAAAUUUUUUAUUUCUCAAGACGAGAUUAUGCUAAAAUAAUUACUUUACCAUGUUUAUUAUAAAUAAUGGAAAACAACAUGUUAAUCCUAGACAUUUUGUUUCGAUACUGUGAUCAUAAGAAACAGUUAAAAAUAAUUGUAUAACGAAAUCAACAUACCUGAAAUAAAAGACAUUUAUUGUUCAAA